AUGAUUGGAUUACCGCGUAGCGAUAGAGAUAGAGAUCGUAUUACGGUGAAAAUUCGUAACAUGAAAAGAAGUUCAUCGAGGGACAGUAUGCCACGAUCUAAAAGGACGCGCAGUAGUAUAGGAAGAUAUGACGACAGCUCGGACGAACGUGUGACGCCGGAGAGAGUCCGGCGAAGGGUGCGCUCGCCCAGUCCUCGAGGGCGUUACGUAUCUCCUCAUCGCGAUGAUUAUGUGCGGUCCAGAGAAGUUAGGGAGGAAUCGGUUCGCCCUUAUUAUAAAGUAUUAUGCGUUAGUGCGCUUCACCCUAAAGCCUCUGAUGAAAUAGUGAAAGAUACUCUCUAUAGGGAAUACAAAAAGUUCGGUGACUUCAGUAUCAAAAUUUCCCACGAAUUAGAUGAGCGAGUAGCUUAUGUUUGCUUCCGCAGUGCUGAAGACGCCAGGGAUGCCAAACAUGCGAAACCAAGAAUCAUUUUGUAUGACAAGGUCGCUAUCGUAGAUCCCGUGUAUGAGCCAGUGCGGUCUGAAUAUAGAAGUAGGCCGAGGAGCAUUACUCCCCCUGACUAUGACCGUCCAUAUUCAUACGCGUGGUCUCCUGUACCAGAGAGGAGGAGGCCACCCCCAGACGACCGCGCAUACGGAAUCCCUCCAUCGGUCCCACCACAUCACAGAGAUUUUCGGCCUCCGAUGCAUGAGUACCCCAUGGCGGGGCCUCACGGGCCUCCAAUGCACCAUCGCCCACCCAUGCAUCACCCACCACAUCCUCAUUACAUGCCACGCCCUUACAUGCCGCGUCCUCAUCAUCCGCCGUUUGAAAAAAUGGAAAACAAAAAAGACAAGUUCCCUAACUACUUACAUCAUGUACAACCAGAAGAUGAUCCUCUUGCAACAAGAACUCUGUUUGCUGGGAACUUGGAAAUAAAUAUAUCAGAUGAGGAAUUGAGAAGAAUCUUCGGCCGUUAUGGCAUAGUUGAAGACAUUGACAUUAAAAGGCCUCCUCCAGGCACUGGGAAUGCAUUUGCAUUUGUCCGUUAUCAAACAUUAGACAUGGCUCACCGAGCCAAAGUAGAGCUAUCUGGCCAGUAUAUUGGUAAAUUUCAAUGUAAAAUUGGAUAUGGCAAAGCUACACCGACCACUCGUGUUUGGGUAGGUGGUCUAGGUCCAUGGACGUCAGUAGCCCAAUUAGAAAGAGAAUUUGAUAGAUUCGGGGCCAUAAAGAAAAUUGAAUAUGCUAAAGGUGAACCUCAUGCAUAUAUACUGUAUGAUUCGAUAGACGCAGCUCAAGCUGCUGUAAAGGAAAUGAGAGGCUUUCCGUUAGGUGGACCGGAUAGGCGGCUUAGGAUUGAUUUUGCUGAUGUGGGCACCGGGGGACCAUACAGACCUAAACCAUAUGCAGCACCCGUUGAAGAAGGUCGUGCAGAAGGUUACGAAGGAUAUGAAGGUUCAUGGGAGGAUGGUUAUAGCUAUGGUUCUGGUUAUAGAGGUAGGGGCGGCCACCGCGGGCGAGGUCGUGGUAUGUAUCGUGGAGUGUACCACGGCAGCGCUGAUUAUAGGGAUGAGGAGUGGCGGAGAGCACCAGAUGCUGAAUAUGAUAGUAGAGCUCGUCGUUCUGGUUCCCGAGAACCUGGCGUAGAUAGAUCGCGUUCCCGUUCCCCACGACGUCGCUCCCCCGACAGUGAUUCCGAUGGAUCUCCCCGACGCAGCAGUGGCAUGCUCGCCUCAGCUAGAACACUACCCGAGGUUGUUCGUAAAGCUACAACAAUCUGGAAUGGUGCCCUCAUACUCAAAAACUCCUUGUUUCCCACUAAAUUCCACCUCACGGAUGGAGAUUCAGACAUAAUUGACAGUUUAAUGAAAGAUGAGGAGGGUAAAAAUCAAUUGAGGAUUACACAACGGCUCCGUCUGGAUCAGCCAAAGUUAGAUGACGUACAGAAACGUAUUGCUACUUCUAGUUCACACGCUAUCUUCCUCGGUGUGGCGGGAUCGACGGCUUCCAUUACAAACGAAGAUGCAAGCAUACAGACAAGGCCUAUGAGGAAUUUAGUUUCGUACUUGAAACAAAAAGAGGCCGCCGGAGUUAUAUCAUUGUUGAAUAAAGAAACUGAAGCCACCGGGGUUUUGUACUCUUUCCCUCCCUGUGACUUCUCCACGGAACUACUCAAGAGAACUUGUCACAACUUGACCGAGGAGAGUUUGAAGGAGGAUCAUUUAGUUAUAGUGGUAGUUAGGGGCGGUUCAGCAUAG